AUCAAUUUUGCUCUUCUCACGUAUAUACUGUAAUAAUAGACGUUGACCGCACCACUCUUAAACGCAAACAAUCAAUCGCAUAUUCCCCACUCUGUGUUGCCAUUUCUUCUUCGUUCUCCACAGGCUCACGAAACUGGUGUGGUGUAUUAUGAUUAUCGGUUUCUCGAAGAUAAAAAACAGUUCUUUAAUGGCUGAAUCUGUGUCGAGGCUAUGAAGAUCACCGGCGCCACUGCUGGGCUCCCUGCAAUCCCGUCUUCUAAACCGCGGGAUCCUGAUCCUCCUCAGAAGCCGCGAAAACAGGCUCGCCGGAGAAUCAAGAACUCCGGCGCCGGAGUGCGGCUGCGGAAGGACGUCGGCGGCGGGGGAUCUCAGGGGAGGAGGAGCCGCCCCGAGACGCCGCUUUUGCACUGGAAGUUCAACGAGGGUGUGGAGGGGGACAAUGCUUGUGGUGUUGUUGCGGAAGAGGUGUCGCCGCCGGAGAAUCGCCGGAAAUUUCAACGGAAACAUAGAGAUGCAGUUUCGGUCAGGAGGCUUGCCGCCGGACUGUGGCGGCUGCAAUUGCCGGAAGUGGCUAGUAAUGGAGUGGAAAAAUUAGGGUUCCAGGCUGGAGUUCAUCAUCUUUCGGUCCCUUUUCAUGGCCAUCAUCGUUGUAAAGUUCACGACUCUACACUUAAGGAUCAAGUACAGAGUCCUCGUUCUGUCUCCGGUAAAAGAGAUGGGUUCUUGUCUAAGCUUGAGCCUUCAUUUCAGUUUUCCAACACCGCAAUGGAGGGAGCAACAAAGUGGGAUCCUAUCGGCUGGAAAGCUGCAGAAGAAACGAAACAGAUUCGUGGACCCCAAAAGCGGCGUGAUCAACAAGCGCAUACUCCCAGAGUGAUAUCUGUCCUCGAGGCAGAGCUAGAGCAAGCUCGAGCUCGAAUUCAAGAACUCGAGACAGAGCGGAAAUCAUCCAAAAAGAAACUCGAGCAAUUUUUGAAGAAACUCAGUGAAGAAAGGGCAGCGUGGAGAAGCAGAGAGCACGAGAAAAUUCGGGCGAUUUUAGACGACUUGAAAGCUGAGUUGAAGAGAGAAAUGAAAAACCGGCAAAGGCUGGAAAUAGUUAAUUCCAAGCUAGUUAAUGAGUUGGCUGACGCCAAGGUAUCGUUGAAACGUUAUAUGCAGGACUUGGAGAAAGAGCAGAAGGCGAGGGAACUCAUAGAGGAGGUGUGCGAUGAACUAGCGAAGGAAAUCGGGGAAGACAAGGCUGAAAUCGAAGCAUUGAAGAGGGAAUCCGAAAAGCUCCACGAGGAAGUGGAUGACGAGAGAAAGAUGCUGCAGAUGGCCGAGGUUUGGCGUGAGGAACGGGUUCAAAUGAAGCUAGUCGAUGCCAAGGUGACACUAGAAGAUAAGUACUCGCAGAUGAACCAAUUGAUAGUCGAACUAGAGUCGUUUUUAAGGUCUAGAGGCGCAACCCCAGAUAUCGAAGAGAUGAAAAAAGUGGAUCAGCUUCGACAAGCAGCUUCCCAUAUGAAUAUCCACGAUAUUCAAGAAUUCAAGUACGAGCCCCCAAAUCCAGGCGACAUUUUCUCCGUUCUUGAAGAUGUUUAUUUUGCUGAAGCGAACGAGAAGGAUAUCGAAGCUUCUGAAGUUCAUACAAUCAGUCAAGAUAAUGUAAGUACGCUUAAUAAACCCAAUUUCCCGAGCCAUUGCAAUGAAUACGUCGCCCAGAGUGAACUAGACGAAGAGGGGACCGAGUGGGAAACCAUCAGCCAUCUCGAUGAGCAAGGAUCGAGCUAUUCACCUGGUGCGAGUGAUCAUUCUCUAAACAAGAAUUGCCAGCUCAGCGAUGGCGAUGGAAAACCAGUGGUCGAUAUCAGCAAGGUUUGCCCUAUACCUAUACCAAAUCAGCAACUGAAAAUGUCCUCGAUAUCCAGACUAUGGAGAUCCCGCCCCAGCAAUGGUCAGAAUUACAAAAUCAUAUCGUUGGAGGGAAUAAAGGGGGGGAGGUAUUCCAAUGGAAGACCUUCUAACGGCGCUAUCAUGUCCCCCGAGUUAGGCUCGGGGAAAGGCGGGCUUAGCCCCUCAGAGCAAUGGAGCUCGCCUGACUCGGGCCAUCCUCAUUUAACCCGAGGCAUGAAAGGGUGCAUUGAGUGGCCGCGAAAUUCACAGAAGAGCAGCUUGAAAUCGAAACUGCUGGAGGCAAGAAUGGAGAGCCAAAAGGUCCAGUUGCGACAUGUACUAAAACAGAAAAUUUAGAGCUGAGAUUUUAAGAGAGUUAAAGCAAACCAGGAAGGCAUUUCUUGCUUUUACUUGUAAGCUACUCAUCUUCUGUUUAAUUUAAACUAUUACCUGCAGAA